GCAGCUGUAUUUACCGAUGAGUUCAUCCGCCGGGAUAGACACUAAAACCCAGCCAGGCUCCCUCUUUCCUCUCCGCACAUGUGUGUGUGGAGUGUAGCUGCUCUCUCGCUGGGUUGGUGUGUGUGAGCUGGACGCAUGCAUUUGGGUGAUACUCCCUCCCGGAGUCAGCGAAAAGGGCAGCAGACAAACACAAUGCCAACACAAGCGAGACAUCACAGACAGAGACAGGAGACUUUGGGACGGACCACGUUUAGCGGGCCGAAAGGGAGGGGGAGGCAGUUGUUAACUUUCCUAUCAUGGUAUCACAUGCUCGCCGCCGCAGACGGAGCAGGACAAAAACACAGAUGGAGCGAGCUCGACCAUGGACACGCACUUCGCUGCCUUCUCCACUCUUUCUUUUUCUGCUUCUUGCCUUUAACACCUCAUUACCCUGCUAAUGUCUAAAGAUUUUCUCUUUGGUGGCUACGUUUUUUUUUGACUACACAAAUUUUCCUGUGCUUCCGUGUGUCAUCCUCUAACUUCCUGACAUUUCCCCAUUACUCGCUUCCUUGAACCUUCCUGAUGAAGACUUUUCUCACCCCCUCUAUCUGACACCUGUUCUUUCACCUUUGCACCUCGCCUCCUCUCUUUUGGAUGGAUAGCUACUCCGUCCUCUACAGUUCCUCCCACAGAACCGGACUUCUCUCCGGCUUCCAGCGCCUGCGCACCGAGGGGAAGAUGUGUGAUGUCGUCCUCGAGGCCGGCGGCGUUUCCUUCCCUUGUCAUCGCGCCCUUUUGGCCAGCUCCAGCGAGUAUUUUUGGGCUCUGUUUGGAGAGACUACUGCUGAGAGAUUAGCAGGUUCCAUUAGCCUCCCAGCGCUAACACCUCAGGGUUUAGAUGCCAUCCUGGACUUCCUGUACUCAGGCUGGCUCAGCAUAUCACCCUCCACGAUCUCUGUCCUUCUGGAAGCGGCCAGGUACCUGCAAGUGGAGACGGCUGUGGCGAUAUGUGAGCGCUUUAUUAUCGAUGGUUUAAGUGUUGAGAACUGCUGCUGCUAUGCCAACCUGGCCGAACGCCACACGCUAUCAAACGCACUUGAGGCUGCAAACCAAACCAUUGCAAUGGAGAUGGGGACAUUGCUGCAGGAAAACAAGGACAAUCUCCUCGAGCUGAAUAUCCAGUCGCUGAUGUCAGUGCUCGAGGCUGAUGAGAUACCUGUCGUCAAGGAGGUUGAGCUCAUGAAGCUGGCUUUGGAUUGGCUCGAUGAGAAUGGCCCGCUCCCGCUGCUGAAAUCAAAUCUUCUUCUGAGUCGUCUGCGCUUCAGAUUGGUCUGUGCGUCCGAUCUCGCCAACCUUCAUCACAGAGCCAUGGGCACACCUCUAAUCCGAAGUCAGCUGACCCGAGCGUUGGAGUACCACAGGAUGGGUUCAGCUCAGCCAAUCAGACAGAACAAGCAGUCAACACUCAGAGCGUCGCCCAAUCGCGUGCUGCUCGUGGGUGGAGGGUCCAGCGCCGAUUGUCCAGAACAGCAGUUGUUGGCGUUUGAUCCAAGAGGCAGGAAGUUCUCAUCCGUGAGCUCAUGUCUCCCGCUGCGGCUGAGGAAUCACUGCGUGAGCUCAGUGGGAGGUUUCCUCUUUGUGAUCGGGGGGGAGGAAGUGAAAGAGGGAGAUGAGGACGGAAAGAAGUCCGUCACCACGUCGACAACCAACCAGGUGUGGCGGUACGAUCCUCGCUUUGACUGCUGGGAGCAGGUGGGGUCCAUGCUGGAGAGGCGGGCACAGUUCAGCUGCUGCGUGGUGGAGGAUGUUAUUUAUGCCGUCGGGGGACGACACACACGACCGGACACCGACACACACACCUCGGUCGGGUCUGUUGAGUUUUAUGACAUGACCACAGGAGCAUGGAGGAGGGGAGCAACGAUGCCCCGCCCUCUUUACGGCCAUGCAUCCACUGUGCUUGACGACAGUAUCUACGUGUCGGGUGGCCUCCCGGGCAACCAGGGCACCAUCCAGGGCAGUAACCAUGGUGAUAACCAGGAUGAGAACAGGGAGAACAGCAGAGAGGUCUUGUAUUGGGACCUCAAAGGUCGGGUCUGGGAAAAGAGGGCGUCCAUGUCUAUCGCCCGGUUCAGUCACCGCUUGGCAACAGCCCACGGCUACAUCUACGCCCUGUUGGGGAUGUACGAACCUUUCUGCGACAUAGAGCGAUAUGAUUCACGCUCAGACCACUGGACACGCCUCCGACCGCUCCUUAUUGGAUCCUUCAACUACGGGAUGGUUUCGACAGCAUCCGGGAAUCUGCUGGUGUUUGGGGGGAGACGAUGGAGCGACGGUCAAGAGGUGAUCAUGAGGAGUGUACUGGAGUAUGACACUAAGACAGACAGCUGGAGAGAAAUCUGCCAGCUCCCCAGACCUCUCACUGGGACGGAGUGCACACUGCUUCCCCUGCCAGACUAAAGGGUGCACAGAAAAACUUCAGUAAUCUCAAAAUGAUGAGAAUGAUGAAACUGGAUUCUCAAUUUCUGUGUGACAAAGUUUCUCCACAGUUGUUCAAACUGAAAUAAAUUGAUUGGGUUUCAUUCAUGAAAGAAAAGAGGGAAAGUAUAUCCAUCUCAAUAGAAAGCUUUGUGUUGGGGAGUGAAAGUAGGUUGGCAGAGAUGAAAUGUUUACCACCGGCCCAGACUUUACUUUCCAAAUGACUUGCCCGAAGACAGAUGGUGUUUGCAUAGAGGAAAGCAGGUGGGCAUUAUUCUUCUGUCGUGAAAAGAGUUGGAAAAGUGUUUUUAAAAAAGUGUAAAGUUUUCGUAACCUGCUCUUUAGCCCAGUCUGCUGCUACUGAAAUUUUGUUUUUGUUCAGAUUACCACCACAGAGUUAAAUUUGCAUUUUGUCAUUUUGUCUUCACACUAAGCUCGACUUCUCCUGCAGGAGUAGUUUGAUAUUAAUAAUGAAGCUAGUACCAGGUUAUCUCAGUUUAAUACCUUCCCAUAAGUAGAGACUGUACGACCAUCACACACAAGAGGGAAGAGAGACGUCCAAACAGGAGAUAAAGGUGAUGAAGGAGGAGGAAACAGGAGCUAAGCUAAAUAUUUUAUAGAAGUUGAAGAUAAAAGUUCUGCGCAUGUGACAUUCCUGUUUGUUCGAUGAAUAAUUUAGGUUUUCUAAAAGAUAAAGUAAUAGAAGCCCACCAAAGAUAUCGAGUGACCUUGUUCUCAUUUCACUUGUAUCCCACUGCACCGGCAACUUUACUGUAAAUCAUACGCAUGAUUUGUGGCUAUUAGCUGCAGAAUUCAUGGGCUUUUAAACUUUAUACGUUCUGUAAAACAUGUUUUAUAAUAUCUGAAGGUAAUAUUUGUUUUUAAGAGUUAUUGUGUGCCUCAGGAUUUACUGGAGUUAUCUUUUUUUUUUUGCAGUGUAGUGAAUGUGUGGUGUUAGAACUUCAAAUAUUAACUUUAUAUACUUUAUAAUCAUCUUUGUUGUCUAUUAACAGGUGGAAAUAAUGGAUUAAUGAAUAUGUAUUAUUAAUUAUGACGGAUCAAAUAAACGUACAUCUGCUAAAUAAGAUCAUAAACCCCUGGAAAAUAUAUAUAAAAAUUCCAUUAAUUGAAUUACUAAUUAAACUGAAUUGCCAAAUUGA